AUGGUCGGAUCGCAAUGGACAAACAGAGAACAAAAGGCUUACUUGGAAUCGCAAUUCAGCGAGUUCUUGAAGCAACAGCUUCAAGGUACUUUGACAGGCUUUUGGGAUACUGUUAGCCUCGAGUUCUUGAAACGAUGGCCUGAAAUCAAUGUUCAAUACCCAGACCAGUCUAAACACCCAAACCUGACUGAGGAGGAGAAAGAGUUGCUUGGUGAGGCAGUGGCCAGGCGCAAACAGAUGCUUGGCAACAGAGCGAAAGGGACACGAGUCCAUACAGAAGUCGAAAUAUUCUCGAAGAUGAGCUACGACUCUGCCGUACGGGGACAGAUCCAGGAGAAGAUCGAUUCUGGGCUCCUUGUGACUCAAAAUGAGAAACUGCUGGCUGUGCGGGAGACGACCAAGGCUGCGUAUGACGCGGCUCCACCCGAAAUUAAAUCCUUGUGUAAGGCGAAGGCUGCCGAGGAGCGGAAUACUAAGACCUCUGUGCUCUUACCAGGGGCACAAGUAACUGAGCGACCUACCAAUGCACAGUAUGCGAAGGCGUUAGAAGAGUGUAUUGGUCCAAUCUCACAAUUUUUGGACGCAGUGAGGCAACUUACUGGUUGGGAAUGGACGGUCAUUGGCGGGGGCCCAGACCCUCGCCUUGGUGGUAUGCUCAACGUAGCGAGCUACCAUACAGGCAUCAAUGAAUCCGGCCUUACAUGGAAGCAAGCAAUGCCGAAUUUUACGGAGAAACACCUGAAUCCAUAUCUAGGUUUCCUUGCAACAGUAUUCAGCGAGGAAGACAGGAAACAGCGUGCUCUAGAUUACGUCCCUCCAGCGGUGCAAGAUGGGAACACCUCAUGCCGAGAUGCAGUGCUGACAACGUCGGAUGACAGCGCACAACCCCCAGUGCCGUUUACGCCGGAUUCAGCACAAUCGCAGAUGCCAUUCGCAUCGACAUCGGCUUUGACUGCUGGUGGAUCCAGCGAGGCGGCAUCCACUGGUCUACCCAUCAUCCCUCAACCUCAACUCCCCGAGGGCCUUCCAUAUUUCAACUUACAAGGGCCUGAGUUUCCGUCAUUCAACAAUGACACAUAUUCCUUCUCUGGUGGAAAUCCUGGGAUUCUCCCCAGGCUGGCAUUAUCGCCCGUCCCUCAAACGCCGACACUGCCAGGGGGAUCGUUUGUCCCUCAAACGCCGACACUGCCAGGGGGAUCAUUCCCAUCAUCCAGUUCAUCAGCGCUUCCAUCAUCUCCCUCGCCUAUCACAUCAUGGAAUGAGGGGUACUGGAACUCAAUGCCGCCGCUUCAUAUGGUCCCCUUGAGUCAAUCCGACGUACUACCUUACAACUUCAACUUCUAUUCUCCCCCUUCCUUGGACAGCGCACACGGAAGCCAGCAUCACAUCAAUUCGAACCCCAUCAGCUUCCCUGGUACCGCAUCAUUGAAUCCUCAAGAAGAACUUCACCUCGCGGCUGCUCCCCAACCAGCUCUUCACCUCGCGGCUGCUUCCCAACCAGCCCUUCACCUUGCAGCUGCCCCCCAGCCCAAUAAUUCCACCUUGAAUCCCCCCCUCAACCUCGUUGUCACUCACCCUCUCCAUUCGGACCAACCGGUCCUUCAAACACUGUCCACUGCCCUGGAAACACAGAGCCCAACUACCACGCAACUUGGGCAAGUACGAGUGGGAGUGGACGAAGUGGACGAGCGUACCUCUUUGGACGCUGCCGCCCUGACAACACAUAGCCCAACUGCCACACAACUCGGGCAAGUACGAGCAGGAGUAGACGAGGUGGACGAGCGCGUGUGCGCUACUUCUUUGGCCGGUGAGAAUCUUGCUAAGAACAAAGUGAGUAAGGAGAAGCGCCCACGUCAAGCAGCAGUUCAGCCUUCUACCGACCUUUCUGCUGUUAUCGUCCCCCCACGCAAGACAACGCGGGUUCGUCAAGAGUCGACUCGCAUGGCCCAAGCCAACAUGAUAGGCGGAAGCAUGAAGAGGCCCCAAACGGGCAAAGACGACAGCGCCGCCCCUCAAAAAAAAAAAAAUGUACGCGCUUACAAGUCGAGAACAAACCCAAUAUGGAAACCCACCAGCGCAUGGAAGGAUGAGAAGCUAUUUAUGCAUCGUGGGAAGCCGGAAAGGGGAGGGGCAGAAGGGACGCCUGCCAAAUAA